AUGUCUUCAACACAGCUUGGAGACACGCCACAAAGAUCUGAGUUUUUACUGUAUCACCAAGAGCUUUACCUUAAAGUGACAAGUCUACAAGAGUUUCAUAUACUGGAGAUAAAAGUACCAAGAUCAUCUCACAGUGAAACUACGGAUCCCAACAGAACAAUAGAUCAAGAUCUCAAAGAAAGGACCAAUAUACAUGUGAAAGAUGCUGGUUGUCAGGGCAUAGUUCGCAAGCGUGACAAAUCACUUUCAUCCAUGAUUGUGCCUGUAUGGAUCUCCAGCAAAGAAGAUCCUAGUGAAGAGAUGUUAGUAUAUGCACUACUUGAUACACAGUCUGAUACUACAUUUGUAUUGAAUCAUGCUGCAGAGCAGCUCAAAACAAAGUCAGAUCCAGUUAGUCUUCGUUUAACAACCAUGACUUCAAGUGAUCGUGUUAUUCCCUGCAGAAAGUAUCCCAAUCUCAGUGUUCGUGGAUUUGAUUCUGAUGUAAUGGUUACACUACCAACUGCAUACUCGUUAGAGUACAUUCCAGUCAACAAAUCGCAUAUACCAACUCCUGAGAUUACAGAAAAAUGGCCUCAUCUCCACCAACUCGCUCAUAGGAUACAUCCCAUACAGAAGUGUGAAGUAGGUCUAUUAAUCGGUUAUGAUUGUCCCCAAGCCAUUGCACCUCGUAACUGCAUCACAGGAGUGGGAAAUCAACCAUUCGCCAUAGAAACAGACCUGGGAUGGAGCAUAGUUGGGCAGAUGACACAGGCAGAAGAGAGUGAAAAUAUUUUCGGUGUUUCCCAUAGAAUACUUACCAAGGUAAUACCAGACAACUUGGUACUCAGCAUUAAUAGUACUGGGGAUGCACAUAACUCUUAUGAAAAGCAGUAUACACCAUCAGAGAUUUGCUAUGCUUUCAAGACUUCAACAAAAGAACAGAUUGUCAGUCCUUUGGAUGUAGUGAAAUUACUUGAAUCUGAUUUUAAUGAAACCAGAACUGAUGAUGUGUUUAUGUCUCAGGAAGAUUUCCGGUUCAUGAAGAUUAUUGAGAAUGGUAUUCACAAGGAAGAUGAUGGGCUUUAUACAAUGUCACUCCCGUUUAAACAUGAUAAACCUAAAUUGCCAGACAACAAGAUUAUGGCAGAGAAUCGCUUGCAGUACCUUCGGCGUCGAUUUAAGAGUGAUCCUAAGUACUUAAAUGACUAUAAAGUGUUCAUGCAGAGCAUCAUUUCAGCGGGCGAUGCAGAAUUAGUUGAGAAACAAGAAGAAGAAUUCGGACAUGUCUGGUACAUACCUCACCAUGGAGUCUACCACCCCAAAAAACCUGGUAAAAUACGUGUUGUAUUUGACUGUAGUGUCAGAUACAAAGGAACAAGCCUAAAUGACCAUUUAUUGCAAGGUCCAGACCAAAUAAAUUCUCUUGUUGGUGUUCUUUGUCGCUUCCGGAAGGAGAAGAUUGCUAUCAUGUGUGAUAUCGAGAGAAUGUUCCAUAGAUUCAGAGUAGCAGAGCAGGAUAGAGAUUUUCUUCGAUUUCUUUGGUGGAAGAAUGACGAUAUAGAUUCUGACCCAGUUGUAUACAAGAUGAGAGUACAUCUCUUUGGUGCAGUGUCUUCACCGGGGUGUGCGAAUUAUGGUCUUAAACGUAUAGCUAAAGAUAAUCAACAGUAUGGUAGUGAUGUAGUCUACUUCGUUAACAGGAAUUUUUAUGUAGAUGAUGGCCUGCAAAGUGUUGAAUCAGUGUUUAAAGCUGUUAAACUCAUUCAAGAUGUUCGUGAUCUUUGUGCAGAAGGGAAUCUUCGUCUGCACAAAUUUGUUUCCAAUAGCAGGAAUACUAUGGAAUCGAUACCUAUCUCAGAGCAAGCACAAGGCAUCAAGGACUUAGAUCUUUCUUCCAGUGACCUACCAGUAGAAAGAGCCCUCGGUGUUGAAUGGUGUGGAGAAUCAGAUUCCUUUCAGUUCAGACCAGCCAUUAGAAAUCAUUCCCCUACACGUCGUGGUAUCCUGUCAACUGUGGCUUCGAUAUUUGAUCCACUUGGAUUUCUUGCACCACUUGUCUUGUGUGGUAAAUGUAUUUUACAGGAGAUGUGCAAGAAGGGUAUGGAAUGGGAUGAACCCCUACCAGAUAAUCUUAGUACAAAAUGGGAAUCAUGGCUUUCUGAAAUUCCUAAGUUGGCUGAUCUCAAAAUCAGGAGAUGCUACAAACCAGAAAGUUUUGAAGACUUGAAGAAAGUUGAGCUGCACCAUUUUCAGAUGCUAGUCUUACAGGAUAUGGACAAGAGAAUUAAAGAUGCUCCUGUAGCUGAGCAGUGGCACUACAUUCCCAGUGCAGAAAACCCUGCAGAUCAUGCAUCCCGUGGCCUAGAUGUGGCAGGCUUGCAGAAGUCAAACUGGGUCACCGGUCCAGCCUUUUUAUGGAAUGAAGAACUACCAUCUUUUGGCAAUAUGAACAUAGAUCUACAAGAAUAUGAUCCGGAACUGAAAACUGAAAAGGUGUUGGCUACUACCGUAGUUACUUCACCAAUGCUGCAUCAUUUGGAGUGCUUCUCAGACUAG